AUGGCAGGCCAGUCGAAGCCCGCACUUUCCCCUUGGGGAAGUGCCGUUGCAGGUGCUACAGGUGCGGUUCUAGCGAACGCUUUGGUCUACCCUCUCGAUCUAGUCAAGACGAAGCUUCAAGUACAAGUUAAGACAAACGACGCGAAAGACGAGAACUCCGAAACAGUUCACUAUAAAUCGACAUUAGAUGCGAUCACCAAGAUUGUCGAAAAGGAAGGAGUCGAAGGCCUAUACUCCGGAAUCGUUGGCUCACUCAUCGGUGUGGCGUCCACCAACUUCGCCUACUUCUACUGGUACACCGUUGUGAGGGCCUUCUAUAUGGCAUCUAACAAGGUCCCUAAACCUCCUGGAACUGCCAUUGAGCUUUCCCUCGGUGCCGUGGCGGGCGCGGUCGCCCAGAUCUUCACUAUUCCCGUCGCCGUAAUCACCACACGGCAGCAGACACAAGCCAAAAACGAGAGGAAGGGUUUGAUUGAAACUGGAAAGGAGAUUGUCGAUAGUGAAGAUGGUUGGACCGGUCUAUGGAGAGGACUCAAAGCUAGUUUGAUCCUGGUGGUCAACCCUGCAAUCACAUACGGCGCCUAUCAGCGCCUCAAAGAUAUCAUCUUCCCAGGCAAGAACAGUCUGAAGCCUUGGGAGGCUUUCCUCCUCGGCGCUCUCUCCAAGGCGCUAGCUACUAUCGCGACGCAGCCAUUGAUCGUGGCUAAGGUCGGCCUCCAGUCCCGCCCACCUCCGAGCCGCGAAGGAAAGCCUUUCAAGACAUUCGGCGAAGUUAUGCGCUAUAUUGUGCAGAACGAGGGUCUCCUGUCCCUAUUCAAGGGAAUUGGACCCCAGAUCAUGAAGGGACUCCUUGUGCAAGGCCUUUUGAUGAUGACUAAGGAGAGGGUUGAACUCAUCUUCGUUCUUCUUUUCGCAUACCUGCGCAAGAUUAGAGAGCAGAAGCUCAAGAAGCUGGCGGACUCUGCUGCAUCGACAGCGAAGACCAGUCUUCCGGCGACCCUCAAAUAG